AUGUCGACACCGUUAGAGAUCAGCUGCGAAUGGUACUCCUGCUUUGCGGCGGGCUUUGGAUUUGCAUUCUAUUACUGCGGCGCUGGAGUGUAUUCGUCGAAGCACUCGACCGAGGUUACCAUCUCACGAAACCAGUCCCUGACAUGGAUGUGUGCCGCCAUCGGGCUUUCCCUUUGCGGCGUCUACAUCUUGAUCUCUUCCGAAAUCACAGCUAUGCAAAUGGCUGCGCUGGAGCAAACAAAUCUCACGAUUAUCGAGACAACCUAUCGCGAUUAUUCUGACUACGAAAUCCGAAUUCUGGCGAUCGGGACGGUGGGAGUCUCGUGCCUGGCGAUGACUCUGGCUUUUACCAUUCCUAUUCGGCCGAUCAAGGAUUCUCUCUAUGAGAAGACCAACCACGUCAAUACCAUCAGGGAUCAACUAAAGAUGGUGAUGUGGGCAAUCCGGCAGAAGGGCCUUCUGAAAAUGGCUCCCUUCUACCUGUUCACAGGCUUCUUCACAAUCUUCUGGCUGUCCAUCUACACGACGGCCAUCUCAUUCACCGAAUCCCUCGCCGUCUAUAAGAAUUUGGCGGCUUAUUACUGCAUGGCGGUCAUGUUUGGUGAAGUCGUUGUCGGUGUGCUGAUGAGCUAUCUCAACAAACGAAUCAAAGAUUUCGGGCUGGUGCCGGCGAUGAGCAUGGUGAUUUCGAUGUACUCGCUGGCGUCGGUUCUGAUUGUUCUCUACACUCCGGCUGAAUCAAGCAUCAGGCCUACGAGUGAAUUGUCGUUUUGCGAGCCGAGCUACUGGGUCGCGUUGCUAAUCGGCAUCUUCCUCGGGGUGGUCGACGGAGCGAUGAAUAAUGUCCGAAUAACUGCAGCGGCUCGAGCUGUCCCUUCCCAGCCAGCCAUCGCAUUUUGCAUCACAAAAUUUUAUCAGGCGCUCGCCUCCACCAUUUUCUACUAUCUCUGCUCAGUCUUGGACGCCUACCAAAUCGUCGCAUUAAUGACGUUCACUCUAUUGGCGGGCCUCAUCGGCUUCAUCUCGUUGCUCAAAGACCUGCGCGGUGUGCACGACGCCGAAAAGCUGCCGGAAAAGAAAAUCAGAAUA